CGGAUAGUCGCUCGGCUGCAGAAGCGGGACGGCUCGCGGCCGCUCGGUGUCAGUAGCUUCGGUAUAAACUUUGAAGGCGGCGGCUUUGCAGCUUCCUGACCCUUGGAAUUACGUAGGAUCAUUUCUCAGUGCUUUUUCUCUGGUACUGUAAGUAAUCACAAAUGAAAACCGACUUCAUAAUUGAAUGGAAGGUCCAUGUCUAGACAGUGCUUUGGUUUUGUGUCAUGGCAACUACACUAUGAGAUUUUAAAGCUCUCUUAUAGAUUGAUAUAUUUAUAGAGUUAUAUCCUAUUUUGGUGCUGAACACCAAAUCUACCAUGUCUGUCCUGGAGUCUCCAGAUGGAGAUAAUCAGGGAAAAGUGGGUCUGAAGAGGAAGCCAACUGGUCCUCCAAGGCUCCUGCUGGGCAAAUCCAAGUCCAAAGGUCACCGUGAAGGGAGGAACACCAGAGGACACAAGGACACUAGUGAAAGCAACGGGAUCCAGAGGAGCUCCAAGUCUCUGGAUUGUCAAAGCAAAGUUCAAGGAGAUAAGCAGGGAGAGGCUGCUUCUGUAGAUCCCCAGACGCCAGAGAUGGGAAGCACAAAGGAGGCCCACAAAACCUCAGACGGUUCAUACGGAAGCCCUGCUGCAUUCCAGAGUGGAACUAAAAAAGAGAGCUUGAAUGCUGGACAGGACAAGAAAAGAUGGGGGUGGAAACGAUGCUUCUCCCCGUCUCUGUUUUGCCUAAAAGGAAAAGUGGAACAACCGGGAAAAGUGUCAGACAAGAAGGAGGAACAGUGUGAUGUCAUUUCCUGCAAUGCACAGCCAAUGGGCAGUGUGGGUCAUGGUGAUGUCACCCCUGUAACUCAAAGAAAUACCUCUGACAUCCCUGCUAAUUCUGUGGUUAGAGGAACAGGAAGAUUCUCAGCUUGGGGAACUUUAAAGAGGCUUUUGCGCACAUCCAACUAUCAGUCUAGGUCAAAGGAAAGACAGCCGGAACAAAAACAGCACUCUGCAUCUGUGGACACAGCACCCCCUCGUUUUUCCUUCAAGGACAAACUUAGCAGUGUCUUGAGACGUAGAGCCAAGAAGCCUUCUCCUUUCUUCCAGGAGAAGCUUGUAGGUACUAAUGAAUACAUAGAGGAAGAAAAUAUAGUGCUUUCUAACAGAUGUACAGAUGAAGUGUAUCUGGAGGCAUCUCCAGUCAGUCAAGAAGGAGACCUUAUAGAAGGGGACACCGAGAUCAAAGGGUCAUGCUCUGAAACUCUGACCAUAAGUGCAGAAGUGACUGCCGUGAUACCAACAGUAGAAGAAGACCAAGACAUUUCAGGAGGAAGUACAAGCUAUAGCCACCCUGAAGACCUAACAUCUGUAGAAGGACAGAAGCAAGAUGAGGAUGGAUCUCCAAAAUGUGCAGAGGAAGGACCAGAGUCAUGCAAAAUUAUACUUAUAGAGAGCAGUCCUGUGCUGCAGCCCAAGGAUGAUUUUCUUGGUGGUGAAUUCCAAGAGGAACUGCCAGUAGAUAUGGAUACUGUGUCUAUCAAUGCAUGUGUUGAUGUAGGUGUUGAGUUGCAGGAAGAGCCAUUGCAGACUGAGGAACUCAGCUCACCUAUGACUGGUGAAUUUAUAGAUGCAAGGUCUGAACAGGGUGUAGAACACGAGAAAGUGCUUGAAGGAACGGCACCACCCGGCAAUGCAGGAUCACCCAUGCAGGAUUAUUCUCCAUUGAAAAAUAAUGUAUGCAAUCAUGUGAUCAUCUCCCUCGAAACCAGUGACACGUUGCAAAAUGGCACUGACAAGUUUCCUUUGGAGACCCUUCAAGCUCUUAACACUGGCGGCCAGUUGUACCCAACUAUUGACGGCCUGCUUCCCCAGCCCAAUGACAUCCUGCUGAGGCAGACUGCAUGUGCUUUGGUUCAGGCAGCCAUGACGGCUGCCCUCAAUCAGCUCAAGGAGGAGAUGAAGGACGGUGUGGCAAAUAUCCAUAGGGAGAAGCAAGAGCUCCAAAGUCAGGCUUAAGCCUUAGAGUUCACCCCAUCAUGACUUUUCCUGCAUAUAAAAAUACCUCAAAAGAUCAUCUACUACUGCUGUACCCUACAGAGAACAGUCAGACUUAACUUGUGCAGUGUUAUGAGGGAUCAAAAUAAAUCCUUUAUAUUCCAUUAAAAUCCACUGGUUACCUGAAUGAGGACUGAAAUUAAUGUAACGCAUUGAAAUAUCCCCCCUGCAGCCUUUGUCAUUUUCUAGUGGCAGUACUGUGAACAUUUAUUUGACGUACAUGAACAUGGCUUCUGUCAAACAAGAUUAUGUAGGUUUCAUUUUCAAGCUAAUGAAUUGCCGGGAAGGAUUCACCUUGAUCCGUUAUUCCAUGUUCCAGGAGAGGUGAACCUAUACCUAAUGUGAGCUGAGUGAAGUCAAUGGUGAAUAAAAGGUUGAUGGGUCAUUCCCCACACUUAGACCUAUUUUUCAGCACCUGCAGUAUUUCAGCCUAAGCUUUUAGUGAUGCAAACAAACAUGUGAGAAAUGUUUCUGUAAAACAAAUGGCAUUGUUUGUCUGGCUGGUGUUUAGAAUUUGCCAUUCCUUACAAGCUUACUGCAGUGUCCAUGUUGUUGAAAGGUAGAGCUUGCAGUUGUGUGGAACUGUUAGAUGGUGAGUUCAGUGGUAAGUAUGGAGCACCUUGCUUCCUGAGGUGUUUCUCUUGUUAUGCCAUGUAUUGAGGUGUCCAAGGUGUAGGUGAUUUAGUAACGCUUCGAAAGGAAUGUGCCGGGAGAUCGUAGUGGUAGGAGAAGUUGCAGUGACAGUUGCAGUGUAACUCAAUUCUGAUGCAGGAUUACUCUUGGUAGGUGGCCCACAAGCACUGCAAAUGAAGAGUGUCAAAACCAAAACUGUGGCUACAGAGGUAUACAUACAACGCAAUGACAGGGUCAAGAGUUUCAUUUACUGUUUGGCUAAGCAUUACAAGGGCUAAGAUGCAUUAUUUCAUAAGCAGCCGUUUUCCUGGGAUUUCCACAUACUGCAGUGUAGUCUGGAGUUUACAGAUAACUGCAAUAAACAAAAUUAUUCAUUCAGCAACAGUUCUCCAGACAAAAACACAUUGUCUCUGUUAGUUGUCCCUGGUACUAGCUAGGUAUACCUAAUAAAGUUAUCUCUAAGUACUUCUUAACAGUGAUGUGUUUGUAAUCUGGUCUGUAUAUUCUUGUAAUUUUUUUUACAUAUGAAUAACUACAUGUUAGUUUCAGAGAAAUGUAAAAAGCUGAAUGCAGAACCUAUUUGUUAUUUAAGUGAAUAACUGAGGAAUAUUUGGUGAAAUAAAAAUCUACAUGUUACAUGUAAA